AUGGCAGAGCGCAAGGUCAUCAGCAAGUACUUCCCGCCAGACUAUGACCCCACGCAAGUCACCAAGACCCGCAAAGGCAGAGGGAGCGGCAUCAGUGGUGGUGGCGGCAGCAUCAAUGGCAAGCAAACAGUGCGACUCAUGACGCCCUUCUCCAUGCGCUGCACAACCUGCGGAGAAUUCAUCUACAAGGGCAAGAAAUUCAAUGCGCGAAAGGAAGAGACAGGCGAACGCUACUUCACCGUCAAGAUCUUUCGCUUCCAUAUUCGCUGUACGCGUUGCUCGAAUCCCAUCACCUUCAAGACGGACCCGAAGAAUGCCGACUUCACGGCAGAGUCGGGCGCUACGCGCAAUGUGGAACCUUGGCGGGCGCCGAAAGCGGCAGAGGGUGAUGAUGAGACGGAGCUGGAUAAGCUGGCAGAGGAAGAAGAGGCAACGGCCAUGGAGCAGCUUGAAGUCAAGACUGUCGAUGCCCGUCGCGAGAUGGAGAUUGCAGAUGCGCUCGAUGAGAUUCGUGUGCGUAAUGCAAAAGCAGGGAGGAUGGAUCCAGAUGUC